UAUUCCGACGCCAUACCGAACUCCCCUCAAUUAUUUCCCCCUUUCUUUCAAUCUCACAACCGUCGGUCCUUUCUCCACCGCCAUGCCCGCCGACGUUGCUAUCUUCCUCCACCGCCUUCCUCCACCUCCUCCGUCGCCUUGCCGCAUCGCUUCCGCCGCCGCUUUUCUGUGCCGCUUCGUUUCCCUCUACUGAACACCGUCACUGUUUUUUUUGUGGUACACAUAAUUUGCGUUUAUCGUUUUGAAUUGUUAUGUCAUUCAAUUCUGGAGAUCAGACUGCUACUGAAGACAGCAAUAAAUUAGGACCGGACUUGUUUGGCUAUUAUGCACGUGAAGCAGCUGAAUUGUUGUCCCAAGAUGAACAUCUUCCACCUUUCUCUAGUUACAAAGCCAACGGAAAUAACGGCAUCAUCAACCCUGCUUCCUCAUUUUCUCAUGGACUAGGCGCUCAGCUUUCUGAAUUUAAAAAGGAAAGAUUGAAAACACUUCUUCGACAGAGUGUUUUCAGUCUUACCGAGGAGAUCAAUGAGAUGGCAAAUCCAGUUUUUUCUGUUUGUCGGAUACGCUUAUGUUUGAGAUACAAAGAAAGCCUUUUAAGCUCAAAUACAUCAGCUUGCCAAAAUGACCAAUCACAACAUCCCCAGAAGAAACACAAAGCAUCGCCUGUGAUUUCGAAUCCCAACAGUGGAUCAACGACUAUUGCUAAUGUUGAAGCCAUGAAAGAAAAUGCAGAGAUUGAUGAUGACUUGAGGAUUAUUUUAAAUAAUGAUUCGAGUAAGGUUGAGGAACUGUUAAAGAAGCAUUCUGGUGAACUUUCUGAUACGUUAGAUCACAUGGAGCAAAAGCUUGAAGAUCUUCUAAAUGUUACGAUGACCACUUGCAGGCCAAUGACUAUUACCGAGAAGCAGCAUCUUCGUAAAAUGAUUCAAGGCUUGCCUCCCUCCCAUUUAGAUGGAAUUGUCGACAUCAUAGAAAAGAAUACUCCUCCGAGAAAAUCCUCAUGUGACGACAAUGAGGUGUACGUCAACCUCGAUGACCUGAACGAUCGUACUCUAUGGAGAUUGUAUUUUUACAUCCGAACAUUCCAUGCUACCCUCGAGAACGGAAGUUGAUCUCAAUAGGUAAGAUUUUCUUUCUUUCUUUUUUUUUUUUUUCAUCGAUUUGUGUUGUAUCUCAUUUGCGAAUAGUUAGCGCAAAGCAACAAAUAAGACUUCGAAGGUUUAUAUAUAAACACACAUAUGGAAUUCUUUGUCGACUUUUAGCA